CUUGAGAGCAGCGUCGAAGCCCUGGAGAGUGAGCUCCCCAGUUAUUAGACUGCCAAGCUUCUUGAGCCAGACUCUCAGUAUAAGCACGGACCGUAUGGGGGCCCUAGCUUCGCGCUCGCCCUGGGCUCCACCCAACUCAGCGAACUAGAAAAAGCUUUGGCGAUUGGAAAAUUUUGGACUUUUCCUCUUUUCUUCUUCAUGUCUUUGGCAUUCGUCUUAGAGUCUCGGAACAAGGCCUCAGUUCUUGUUCAGGUCCACGCGGCCUCUCGCGCGCUCAACGAUCGCCUAGAGUAAAUAUGCACUCUCCUCAUAAGUUACCUGCACCUUCACAGGGCGUUCAGGUGGACGCAUUGGAUGUGUGAUACAUUUUGAUAUCUUGACCAUUUGUAUUAUUGCUUCGCCUUCUCCCUCUGCUCCAUUUUCAGCCUUAACAAGCUCGCCUUCGGGCAGCUAACCGUGGUUGCCUCGUCGCCGUUCUUUUUGUAGAAUGCCUGGCAACAUUCGUAGAGGGCAUCGACAUAUCUUGUACACUUGGCUUCGUCAAAUCCAUUCCGCGUCAAACAAUCUGUGAUGCCUGUGAGCUACAAUGGUUUACUGGGCCGUGAGCCUCAACUACACGUUACAUAGCCUGCUCACUUUGUAUGGCGCACUGGUUUUUAGUCAGCAUAUGUCCUCUUCUUUCAACCACUCCCAUGUGAUGGGAAAGUCAGACGUACCGCGCGUGGGUGGCAUGGAGGAUCAGUUUGGAGAUCUCUUACAAGCGCCUGCAGUUUGGAACGUCAACAUCCGCCUGUCUAGAAUUUCGAGAGUAAGGCAGCCCGACCAUCUUAAGAGAUAUGGCGCCGUGUUCGCGGGGUUAUAAGGGUUUGGUAUUCAAAGAACGCUUCAGGUGUUCGGUGUAGGGUUGCCAGUUUGGCGAACAGCAUCAGCGUGGUUCCUAAUCCUUAAGUAGAGUGGAAACAAUGAUGUCAGGAUCCCUGUCAUAAAUCAAAGAGCCGCUAGCUGUCCGCUGUGAGACAGCGGACCAUGGCACUUUGGGAACCGUAUGUAGAGCCCCCAACUCGCCGAUCCCUUCUGGAUUAUUGUACUGCUGGAGUUUUUCUGCUUGAAUAAAAAGCCCCUACUAGGUAGGGUUGAUGUUAUGUCUUGCUUGGGCUUUCCUUCCCGCCCGUCAGUUAACCCCAAAACCUUAAUUCAACUUGAGCCCCACCAAGCCUCUGCCUAGCUGCAACAACCGCCCCGCGCAAACGAACCGCCACAUCCCACCUUUUGUCGCCAGCGUCAGUUCACAGUGCGCUUUCCGAUUACUUCCUUUCCUCCACAGUACUCAUCUCCCCCUUCGUCCAAACCAUCGAUCACUGAAAGGUUCACAUCCCCUACGUGAAUCCCAAAUCGGCCGCGACACUCCGCUCAGGUACGUCGUAAGCGCUUCCUCUGCCCCUCCAUCCCGUAGGCGACUUCGCGCCCAGGGCAGCUCCGUUCCUCUCCAGGCACAGGCACAGGCACCCCUAGGCACGCGCGCUUCCCAUCUCCCGAAGUCGCCCAUUAUCUGCAACUCGCCCCUCCGAGCAGCCUACUUCUCUUCCACUCACUUCCGCACAAUCCGAGUUGCCACAGCCCAACAAAGACAUUUUUCGAAUCAAGAAGGGCUAAUUUCCCACGCUCACAGCUCACCUUCUCACAGACGACAACCAACCCCUCUCAAGAAUUCGCAAUGGCCGACGCUGCGGAGAACGGUUCCCCUGGCCAGGGCCCCGAUGUCCCCCAGGGUGGCAGCGAGCACCUUAACAUCAAGGUGACUGACAACAACAACGAGGUCUUCUUCAAGAUCAAACGAAGCACCAAACUGGAGAAGCUGAUGACUGCCUUCUGCGAACGCCAGGGUAAGACCAUCCAGUCGGUCAGGUUUCUCUUCGAAGGCCAGCGUGUCCAACCUUCCGACACCCCAGAUACGCUCGAAAUGCAGGAUGGGGACACUCUCGAGGUUCACCAGGAACAAGUCGGUGGUGGUGGUCUCUAGACAUCCAAGAAAGCCUUUCUUCCCCGAUCCUUUUGGGAUUAUGGGCACUGCAAACUGGGAAAAUCGUCAGGACAUGUCUUGACCUCAUAUAAGUGGAUGGUAGAUUUCCAUGAUGAGUCAGCGGAGCGAAGGAGAGCAUUGGCAUUCAUGGCUUAACAGUGGUCACAGUCGUUGGUGCACAGGCACAGUACCAAUGAGGUGGGAACAAGUCAACAUCGGAUGGGAUGGAUGGUGUUAUCUUGGGCGGCCUGGUCUUGAUGAAGGCAGAGAUGAUUGUCAUCUCUGGCUAUUGCGAUGUUCUUUUUGCCAGUGGAAGGAUUCUGAUUCUGGCGCAUUUCGGGGCGUAGUACUAUGACACAAUUUACGGAAAGUCAACUUUG